AUGAUUAGAAAUCUAAAUUAUGCAACUUUGAAUACAUUAAGAAAAACUGUUAUUUCCUCAAGUGGAAAUAGUGGUAAUAAUACUUUCAAUCAAAAUGUUGCAAGAUUGAUGAUGUGCAACGGUUCAUCGCCAUCGACAUUAUCAUCGACUUCUUUGUUUGGUCAGCAGCAGCAACAAAAUAAUCAAUGUAGAUAUUUCAGAUCGAAUUCACCGUUGUGUGAGGAGAAACGUGAUCCCUACGAGGUGUUGGGUGUGGCACGUGACGCAUCGAAAGCCGACGUCAAGAAAGCAUUCUACGAUUUGGCCAAGAAGUUCCAUCCCGAUCGUAAUCGUGAAGAUCCAAAUGCACACCGCAAGUUUGCAGAGAUUAGCAAUGCCUAUGAUAUCCUCUCGAACGAGAACAAGCGUGCGAUGUACGACGCGCAAGGACACCAGGGUGCAGCCUACGAGAACUCUGACUUCAACCCGAACGACAUGAACUACGAGGAGAUCUUCCAGCACUUUAACCUCUCCGAUCUCUUUGGCGAGGGAAUGAUGGGUGGCGGUGGUCCUGGUGGUCGUGUCAACGGUGCCGACAUCCAGAUCAAGCUGAACCUCGACUUUAUGGAAGCUGUCAACGGAACCAACAAAGACGUCACCUUCUACGGUGCAUCCACCUGCACACCAUGCGACGGAUCCGGUGCCAAACCCGGUUCGAAAAUGACAAACUGUAAGACAUGUAAUGGAGCUGGUAGAAUUACAAAAUCGAAUGGAUUGUUUGCUUUCGCGUCAACUUGUAAGUCUUGUAAGGGACAAGGAAAGAUUAUAAAGGAUCAAUGUACGAGCUGUAGUGGCAAGGGUACAGUACAAGGAAAUAGAACGUUGAAUAUAAAGAUUCCUCAGGGUAUCAACAAUGGAAUGAAUAUAAAGUUGACGGGACAGGGUGAGCCUGGCGAGAAGGGCGGUCGUCGUGGUAACCUCUAUGUGCAUGUCAGCGUGAGUGAGCACGAGCUCUUUAAGCGCGAGGGUAACGACAUCCACUUGAACGUGCCGAUCUCCCUGACCCAGGCGAUACUCGGUGACACCAUCACCAUACCCACUCUGACUGGCGAGGUCGAUCUCAAGGUGGCGAGCGGAACCCAACCGAACGAGAAGCGCGUCCUCAAGAACAAAGGUGUGCGCUCGGUAAACGAUAUGUCCUACGGCAACCAAUACGUACAUUUUAUAGUCAACAUACCGAAAUCGGUCACCGACAAACAGAAAACACUAAUACAAGAGUUUGACCAAGAGGAAAAGAAUAAACACGGUCCACUCGAUAGCCUCACACAUCCAGUCAUGUCAUUCUGGAACUCUGCAAUGAAGAGAUGGAGAGAUUAUUCCUCAAAAUUUAAAUCAUCUUAA